UGAUUCUUAUUUAUGAUAAAAAUCAUAAAAAAUCAUCCAAUAAGCCAAUCGGUAAUGAACAAGAACCUAAUGUAAUAGACAAAAAAAUUCAAGAUAUGGAUGAAUCAUUCUCACAAAAUGACAAUGAAUUAAUGCCCGAUAUUCAAGAUAACAAUACUACAAAAAACAAACAGACUAAUGAUAAUAAUGAAUGUACUGAUGAGAAUCAGGAAAUGGAUGUAUCAAUGUCAGUUAAUGAUAAUGAUGAGCCUUCAUAUAAUAUUAGUAACCAAAACUCGGAUAUUGAGCAAGAGGGUUCUGAUAGAAAUGAUAGUGAUUCCCCAGAAAAGAGUGAAAUCAAAAGUUUAAAUGAAUCGAAAUACAUGAUAUUCAAAAAGACUUCAAAAAAAAGGGAAUUGAAUCAUGAGAAUGUCCGAAAUACAAAGAAAAGGAAACCAAAUGCAUCACUAGAAAUUUUGUUUAAUUUUGGUAAAGAAAAAUAUGUAAAAGAUGUUGAUAAAUUAUUUCCAACUAUUAUGAUAGAAGAGAAUGAUAAUCAAAUUCAUGAAAUAGGUGAAAGUGCUACUGAAAUUAAUAGUAAUGUAAGAAUUUUUAAUUGA